UUGGUUAAUCAACUCAUACAUUUGGAAAAAUGCGAUGCUAUUUAUAAAAAUAUAAGUUUGCACAUCGUUGAAAGUGUUCUGAAACAAGUACUGGAUUAUAUGUCUCGUAAAAUCAAGGAUGAAAACCAAGAUAUAUAUAGAGAUAUAACUUUGAGUGCCUCUAAGAAAACAUUGCAACAAGUUUCAAAACUUGGUUACUCAACAGUCUUUGCAACAAAUAGUCAGGAAGCAGUCAGAUUGAUUAAUUCAGAGUUUAAAAUAUUAAAUGAUGCAUAUUCAA